AGCCACAAAGUAGUUUUCUAUUUCAAGUUCAACACAUCAGUUUGUUCGUGGAGUUAAUGGUGAAUGGUAGUGUGCGCAAACCAUUCGAGAACUAGUUGUUUUGUUGUUGUUGGGGCGGGCCCAAUAAAAAAGAAAAAAAAAAAUAAAGCAAUGAUCUAAAGAACUAAACUAAGAACAUACAGUGCGUUACUAAUUUUUCUCUACUAAUACUAUAUCGGCAAAAGUUGUAACAAGCAAGGAACAAAAAAGUGCCAACGACCUCGAUACAGCGUGGGAAAUCAUUUGCAAUUGUUGUUUAGUAUCGAUACAAUCAUCAUGAGUCUCGUUCGCUGAUCAAAAAAAAAAAUUGCAUUUACAUACAAUUGUUUUAAUAGUUUUAUCUGAGCAUCUACAUUAAUAGCAAAACUGGCCAAAUAAAACAAUGCCUAGUUCUAAAUGCACCAUAACAUUUGAUAAUAACCCCUUUGGUGUUUAUUAUGCCGGUCAAAUCGUUUCCGGUACCGCCGAGUUGGUAACUACACGUCCCAAGACAAUACGCUCCAUUUCCAUUACUAUUAGUGGUUUCGCUGAGGUACGCUGGACUGAAGACACUACCAAGCAGGAUGCUCAGGGAAAUAAAGAAAAGGCUAUCGAAACAUAUUCCGCUUCUGAAAUAUACUACAGCACUGAUAAAUAUGUCUACGGACAAAGUGCAGGUUCUCAAUUAGAGUUGCCAGCUGGUAAAUAUGUAUUUCCCUUUCAAGGCACUGUACCACCAAAUGCACCCACAUCAUUCAAUGGAGCCUGGGGACAGAUACAGCAUGAGGUGACUCUCGUCAUUGAUCGUGUGAUGCGAUACAACAAUAUAUUUAAGCAGCCUUAUUCAGUUGUAUCACCAUUCGAUUUGAAUUUGAAUCCAGCACAUGGGAAACCUUUGCAUAAAAUCGAAGAAAAGACAUUCUGUUGGAGUUUUUGCUGUGGUAAUAAGGGACCCAUGGUAAUGACAGCUAAAACUUCUUUUGGCGCCUUUGCUCCUGGGCAAAAAAUACGUUUCCACAUUGUGCUCGAUAACCAAUCCGAUGUUCAUUGUUAUGACGUCAAGGUGCGUUUAAUGAAGAAGGUGAUCUACACCAGUCGUUCACCGGAAACCAAAAUAAAGGAGACUGAAAUUAAAGUAGCCGAUAAUCAUUGUGGCGAAGUGGUGAAAUUAAAUAAAGCCGAAUUUAAUGAGUAUCUUCGAAUUCCCUCCACUACACCAACGUCCUUGGAAAGCUGCAGUAUUAUUAAAGUUAGUUAUACGUUGAAAUUCAUAGCGAAAGUUUCACGUAUUCAUGGAGAUUUAAUUAUUGAAUUCCCUAUGACUAUUGGAACUGUGCCCAUAUAUGCUAGUACCACCGACCCGGAGCCAAUAACAUCUCAACCAAGCAGGGGACCGGCCUUCAAACCAUUGCCUCCACCCAUGUUUGAAGAAGAUGUACGUUCAGAACAAUUCGAAAGCAAUACCUUUAAGCCAAGAUAUCCGGUAUUUUUGAAUGAUGGCGAUGCAGCAUUAAAUGGCACAACAGCCUCAAAUGGUCCUCCAGCACCACCACCAACAACUAACAAUCUUUAUCCCACACCACAGCCAAUGGCCGUUACACCAAAUCCUCCUAGGGCUGCAAUAACGCCUUCGGCACCACCAUCAGCCCCUCCAUCUGCACCAACAGCGGUUACACAAUCUAGCAACAAAAAAACUGCUCCAACUCAUCAACCUUCUGUAGAAGUUUUAGGUUUUAGUAUACCACCCGAUUACGAACCUACUGAAAAUGAUCCAGCAUCAAAUAUUGGCUGGAAAUGAAUGUGGAACCAAGUCUUCCCAUUUGAUUUUAUUUAAAUUCUUUAAAACUAUAUACACAAUUCUUGCAUUUUAUUGUAUAGAAUAUUAUAUGUACACCUAUGUAUGAUGUAUUAAUAUGUUUUAAUUUUUUUUUAUUUUUAUAAAGUACAAGGAAAUAAAUGGACCAUUUAAACCCA